GUGCCGAAUAAAGGUUAUCAGCCUCAUCCUCAGCCUCUGGUCACUCAUUCCCAAGCUACCUCCCUUACCACCUCAUCACCUCUUAUCGUGGUUUUCUUCGACGACUUCAAUCCAGAGGAGGAAGAAGAAGAAGACGACUAAUCUGGGGUUUCUACUAGUCCCAAAUUAGUAGCAGUGGAUAGAACCUGAUAAUCCUCUUCAAUUUCAAUUUUUCUCAGUGGGCAAUUUCCUGAGCUACACAUGCAUGCAUUUUUACUGGACUUUUAAUUAAGUGAAAGGAAGUGAACAAUCAUGCAUAAGGAUCAAAGUACUAGUGCCCCGUCGGCACCUUCUCGACUUCGUAAUCGCAGGCGCUCCAGUGAGGUUGUUCCAGAGGUUAGUAAAGAAAAUGGAGGCCGUUUGCUGGUUAAUGAUCGAAACAAAUACAAGUCAAUGUGGGUCCGUGCGCACUCAACUAUUUGGAUGAUUGGGGGCUUUGCUUUGAUUGUCUACAUGGGUCAUCUCUCUAUCACAGCUAUGGUGGUUGUCAUUCAAAUAUUUAUGGCAAAAGAGCUAUUCAAUCUACUUAGGAAAGCACAUGAAGAUAGGCAUCUCCCUGGAUUUAGACUUUUAAAUUGGCACUUCUUCUUCACUGCAAUGCUAUUUGUGUAUGGCCGCAUUCUCAGUCAACGGCUAGUCAAUACCGUAACAUCAGACAAAUUCUUGUAUCAGCUUGUUAACAGCCUCAUCAAGUAUCAUAUGGUUAUUUGUUAUUUCUUGUAUAUUGCAGGUUUUAUGUGGUUCAUUCUUACACUAAAGAAGAAGAUGUACAAGUAUCAAUUUGGCCAGUAUGCAUGGACACACAUGAUUCUAAUCGUGGUGUUUACUCAAUCCUCUUUCACUGUGGCAAAUAUUUUUGAGGGAAUUUUCUGGUUUCUACUUCCAGCCACACUAAUUGUCAUCAAUGACAUUUUCGCUUAUAUCUUUGGUUUCUUCUUUGGAAGAACCCCUUUGAUCAAGUUAUCACCAAAGAAAACUUGGGAGGGAUUCAUUGGAGCAUCUAUCACAACGAUGAUCUCUGCAUUUGUGCUUGCAAAUAUAAUGGGGCGCUUUCAGUGGCUAACAUGUCCAAGAAAGGAUUUGUUGAGUGGUUGGCUUCAAUGUGAUCCUGGCCCUUUAUUUAAGCCAGAGUAUUUUACUUUGCCAGCAUGGGUUCCUAAAUGGUUUCCUUGGAAAGAAAUCUCCAUUCUGCCUGUUCAAUGGCAUGCUUUAUUGCUUGGUUUGUUUGCCUCAAUUAUUGCACCUUUUGGAGGCUUUUUUGCAAGUGGUUUCAAGAGAGCUUUUAAAAUUAAGGAUUUUGGUGACAGUAUUCCUGGCCAUGGGGGAAUUACAGAUAGAAUGGAUUGCCAGAUGGUGAUGGCUGUGUUUGCAUACAUCUAUCAUCAAUCAUUCGUUGUGCCUCAAAGCAUCUCAGUUGAAAUCAUCUUAGAUCAGAUUUUGACGAACCUUACUUUUGAGGAGCAGCAUGCUUUGUACACCAAACUUGGGGAAAUCAUUCAGGAAAGGGAGUGCAAGAACUAGAGGUGGCGUGGCAACUCAAAAAGCAAAUUUAAAAGCAAGAUUAGAAGCAACUAAAAUUUUCGAGGCAGCGAUCUUCUUGAGAAACGUAGAAAUGAUUGAUUUGAGCUAGGUUACGGUUAUCUGUUUGUUUACUUGCAAUUCCCUAAUCUAGAAAAACAGAAAUUUACUUCUUAGUUUGUUGUUGGUAAAGUGAAAGUUUUAUAACAGUGGUUUUUGUUGAUUUUCAUCAAAUUUGGAACCAAAAAUUCACAUCUUCAUACUUGAUGUAGUUUGAAACUUUAAUAUUAUUGGGUCAGGUGGCCAAAAAUUGACUGUGUUGCAUCUA